AUAACAAAAACACGUGACUGGGUUAGCUUGGUCUCAUAAUCUAACAGUAGUAGCUAUGGUUUCCGGGAUACACUUGAAUGCGACACAGUGCGGUCCAUUGAGGGGACCUCCGCGGGAAAUUCAGAAGCGCCACAGCACUCGAUUUUCAUUUGGAGCUAAAACAAGUAUAAGACAAAAACGUUUUAACGACAUUGUGGCAUUAACGAUAGUGUACUAUUCUAGGCGACCUAAUCAUCAAAAUGUCCAAAAAGAAAGGACUAAGUUUGGAGGAGAAGAGAAGUCGGAUGAUGGAGAUUUUCUUUGAAACAAAGGAUGUAUUUCAGCUGAAAGACAUCGAGAAGAUUGCCCCUAAAACAAAGGGAAUAACGACCAUGACGGUGAAGGAGGUGCUGCAGAGCCUGGUGGAUGACAACAUGGUGGACUGUGAGCGUCUGGGCACAUCCAACUACUACUGGGCUUUCCCCAGCAAAGCUCUGCACACUCGCGAGCUCAAACUGGAGGAGCUGAACAAACAAGUGUCAGAGGCAAAGCAGCGCCAAAUUUCUCUGCAGGACGCGAUUGGAAAAGCCAAAGAAGGACGUCAGGAUACAAAAGAGAGGAGCGCCAUGUUGAAGGAGCUUCAGGCUCUGAAAGACGAGCGAGCUCAGCUGCAGACCGAGUUGGACAAGUACAAGGAUUGCGACCCACAAGUUGUUGAACAGAUGAGAAAAUCAAACAUGGUGGCCAAAGAAGCCGUUUCGAGGUGGACAGACAAUGUUUUUGCCAUCAAGUCGUGGACCAAGAAAAAGUUUGCGUUCGAUGACAGCCGCAUCAACAAAGCCUUCGGGAUCCCCGAGGACUUUGACUACCUCGACUGACCACUCUCGGAUUCUCCGGUUGAAGGACGCGCGUCUUGUGUUGACCAGACGGAUCUCAUCGGCUCAUGUUUGACUCGUUCGCGCAACCGGAGACGGUACAAAGAGCGUCCAUUAGCGGGUUAGGCGACAAAAACUGUUUUGCACCUGUUGCCAAGGAGAUCCGUCGUCGUCGUUGAAUUUUCCUUUUUCGAUUGUUAUCGCAGGCUUCCAUUCGUUGCCACUUGACAA